AUGGGUGCUGGUGCUCUAUCAGGAGGCGGCAGCAUGUGGAGCCCCGUAUUUCCGCCAGCAUUCGCGGCGGGGUUCCACAUGCUGCCGCCCCCCGUGGUUCCAUUCAUGACGCCUCCUCCGGUGGCCGCCGCGCUGGCAGCUUUCCACGGAUUUGGCGUCGCUGCCGCCGCUGCCGCCGCUGCUGCCGCUGCUGCCCCUGCUGCCCCUGCUGCCGCUGCCGCUGCUGCCGCUGCUGCCCCUGCUGCCCCUGCUGCCGCUGCUGCCCCUGCUGCCCCUGCUGCCGCUGCUGCCCCUGCUGCCCCUGCUGCCGCUGCUGCCCCUGCUGCCCCUGCUGCCGCUGCUGCCCCUGCUGCCCCUGCUGCCGCUGCUGCCCCUGCUGCCCCUGCUGCCGCUGCUGCCCCUGCUGCCCCUGCUGCCGCUGCUGCCCCUGCUGCCCCUGCUGCCGCUGCUGCCCCUGCUGCCCCUGCUGCCGCUGCUGCUGUUGCUGCGCCGAGUGAAACUGCCAGUCCCAUCCCUGUGGAGGGGAAGCGGCCUCGCGGUCGACCCCACUGCUCGGCAGCGGCGGGGGUGUUGGGCGCGCAGGGCUGGGCGGCGCACAAGGGCGUGCGGCAGCGGUGGUGGGGCAAGUGGGUGACGGAGAUCCGAGAGCCGAGCCGGCGGUCGCGCAUAUGGCUGGGGUCGUUUGACUCGUGGGAGGCUGCCGCUCGCGUGUAUGACAUGGCCGCCUGGCUGCUGCGCGGACCCAAGGCACAGCUCAACUUCCCCCCCCCUCCCCCUCCCAACCACAAGUCCUCCCGCCCCGCCGCCGCUACAGCCGCUGCAGCCACUGCAGGUGCUACAGCCGGGACAGCAGAAGGCUCUCCUGCCAAGACUUCUCCGGCUCUCCUCCCCGUGCUAAUGCCGGCCGCUACAGCCGACGCACUGCUGACGGUGGCCCGUGAGUGCGCCACGUGGCAGGGCGCGGAGGACGCCAUUGCUGAGCUGGCAGCGGUGCUCAAGGCUGCGGAGGGCGAGAGGGCCAUGGUGGAGGUGACCGGUGGGGCGGCUGCUAGGAGCUUCGCUGCUGGAGAGUGGGUCGAGGAGCCGGUUGGUGAUGGUACGGAGGCGUCUGGAGCGGUGGAGUGCGAUGCUGUGAGGGUGAAGGAGAGCGACUUGGAAGUGGCGUUGAAGGCGCUGCUGGUUGGAGUGGAUGGGAGGAAGGGGAGCGAGGAGCAGAAUGCAGGCAGUGAGAGAGGUGGUGGAUGGGGCAGUGAGAAGAGCGGCGGGUCGUGCACGAACAAGGGCUUCCCUGGGGGGGAAGGGAGUGAGGGCAGCAGCGGCAGCAACGACAGCCUGCAGUCGUUUCUGAAGGGCAGCAUUGCCAACCCCGACGCUGACCCCGAAGCUGACCCCGAAGCUGACCCCGACGCUGACCCCGACUCUGACGUGGAUGGCUCCACCGCUUUCUCCGCAUUCUCCUUCUGGCUGGACGGCGAUUGCGGCUCGGAUUCCAUGGCGUCGCUGCUGCAGGAGGCAUCCCGGAACGAGGACUUGGGGUCCUUGCUGCAGAAGACACCCCGCAAAGAGGAAGUGCACAUGUCAAUCAUGCCACCCACCAUGGGGGUGAUGGAGUAUGAAGGCAGGCUGGCCAUGGAGCAUGGACACAUGCUCAUGGUGGACGAUCAUGCGGGUUUCUGCCAUGGCAUGGCCAUGCUAGACGCCUCUGUGCCGGCUGUAGCAGCUACAGCCCAUGCUUGCGUAGACUCCCUCGAGGGGCCUGGGGCCGGGAUGUUUCUGCAACAAUCGGAGCUCAUUUUGUGGGAUCUGUAG